AUAGAAGUGAAAGCAUUCUAAAAUGGCGAACCGCACGGUGAAGGAUGCGCAUAGCAUCCACGGCACCAACCCUCAAUAUCUGGUGGAGAAGAUCAUUCGAACCCGAAUUUAUGAGUCCAAAUACUGGAAAGAAGAGUGCUUUGGGCUUACAGCUGAACUUGUAGUAGAUAAAGCCAUGGCGUUAAGGUUUGUGGGUGGCGUCUAUGGUGGCAACAUAAAGCCAACUCCCUUUUUAUGUUUGACCUUGAAGAUGCUUCAGAUUCAACCAGAGAAGGACAUCAUUGUAGAGUUGAUCAAAAAUGAAGACUUCAAGUAUGUCCGCAUGUUGGGAGCACUGUACAUGAGGCUGACAGGCACUGCAAUGGAUUGCUACAAGUACUUGGAGCCUCUGUAUAACGACUACAGAAAAAUCAAGAGCCAGAACCGUAAUGGGGAAUUUGAACCGAUGAAUGUAAACGAGUUUAUUGAUGAACUGCUGCACAGUGAGAGAGUCUGUGAUAUCAUUCUCCCAUGGCUGCAGAAACGCUAUGUGCUAGAGGAAGCCGAGCAACUGGAGCCACGGGUUAGUGCUCUAGAAGAAGACAUGGAUGACAUGGAGUCCAGUGAAGAAGAGGAGGAGGAGGAUGAAAAGCUGGAGCGAGUACCAUCACCUGAUCACCGCCACCGAAGCUACCGAGACUUAGACAAACCCCAGCGCUCUCCCACACUGCGCUAUAGGAGGAGUAGGAGCCGGUCUCCAAGAAGGGGGAGUCGGUCUCCCAAGAGGAGGAGCCCCUCCCCUCGCCGAGAAAGGCAUCGGAGCAAAAGUCCAAGACGACAUCGCAGUAGGUCCCGAGACAGACGGCACAGAUCCCGUUCCAAAUCACCAGGUCAUCAUCGUAGUCACAGACAUAGGAGCCACUCAAAGUCUCCUGAAAGAUCUAAGAAAAGUCACAAGAAGAGCCGGAGAGGGAAUGAAUAAUGGACUCCGGUUUUAGUCCAAAUGGCUUAUGGAUGAAGGCAUCUGUGUGGAAGGAUUAAGAACUUCCUAGGCAGCUAUGAGAAUUUUCUUAGCCAAUAUUCUC